CCGUUCCCCCCCCCCCGCCCCCCCUCCCGCCAUUUCCGCCCCCCGGCGCCGCCGAGCCCGGCCGAGCCGCCCCAGGGCCGGAUGCGGCGCAGGAGGGGGGGUAGGAGGGGGCGGACCGGGGCUGGCCCGGGGGGGGCGGAGAGCGCCGGUAUAAGAGCCCCGCGCCGGGGGCGGCCCCGCCGUACUCCGCUCCCGGUGCCGCCAUGGAGGAGGCGCAGCGGCUGCUGACCGUGUCGGUGUGGAAGCUUUACCGCUGCCGGCUGCAGCGCGGCGGCCUCCGCCUCCACCGGAGCCUCCAGCUCUCGCUGCUCGUCCGCGCCGCCCGGCACCGGUACCUGACCGCCCGCGCCGCCGCCGCCGAGCCGGGAACCACCGCGGGGACCCCCCCGGGAACGGCACCCGGGGAUCCGCACCGGCACCCGCCGAGCGUACGGACCCCGGAGCGGGGGGAGCUCCCGAGCGUCCUGACCGGGGACCCCCCGAGCCCCCCGAGCCGGGACCCCCGCAGCACCCCGGACCGACGGGACCCCCCGAGCCGGGACCCCCGCAGCACCCCGGACCGACGGAACCCCCUCAGCCGACCGUCCCCGGACCCCCGCAGCGCCCCGGACCGGGGGGACCCCCCGAGCCCACCGACCGCGGACCCCCGCAGCACCCCGGACCCCGCGAACCGGGCCCACCCCCAGGACGUCCCGAGCCGGUACCGCGACCCGCCGAGCGCUCCGAGGCUGCCGCGUCCCCGGGACCCCCCGAGCGCUCCCCCCGCCUCACCGGCGCCGCCUGAGCCGCGGCCCCCCGCCGCCCCCCGGCCCCCCGGAGCCCCCCCGGCGGUGCGGGCCGCGCGGAAGCGGCGGAGCAGCGGCUCCUCCGGGCCCGGGACGGUGCCGGUACCGAGCAAACGGGCGCGGUUGGAGGCGGAGGAGCCGCCGCUCGUCCCGGGGCCGCCCGGCCGCUGCUCGGGGCCGCCCGCCGCCGCCUUCGGCUUCCUGGUCCGCGCCGUCGGGGCGUGCUGAGCCCCGGAGACCCCCCCGGGACAGACGGAACCGGUACGGGGGCGACGCGGGGAGACACCCCACCCCCCCACGGGACAGACGGAACCGGUACGGGGGCGACGCGGGGACACCCCCCCCCGGGACACAUGGACUCUCGGGGCCCCCGGUGGGCCCCCCCCUCCCCGUGACCCCGCCGCCGUGAUGGACUCCUCUGGGUCAGCGGUUGUGUCGUGCUGGGGGGGCUCCAGGCUGGCCCUGUGAGCCCCCCCCCCCGGCUCUCUCCCCGGUUUUAAUUAUUAUUUUGUUAAUGAAAUAAAAGUGGG